UCCCCCACAGGCGGUGAGAACUGAACGAUUAUCAAGCAAUCAUAGCUGAGCUCGCGCAUGUCCUAUGGGGGUGGGCACUUCUACACGUACCAUAAACUUUUUUCAGCAAAAAGUGCAGUGCGAGUCGCACGGUGGAAUCAGCGCACAUUCUGGGGCGCACUCGACUCAGAUCUCCAAAGCAGAGUGCUUUUAGGAACAAACACCGCUAAAUCCACCAGCUACGUGCCUCGGGCAGCAACCACCCACGCAAACCAGGACUCUCCUUUCAACAAAAGCCGACAGCCCUGUAAUCAUUUUAACAAUGAAAUUCAGGACGCUGGCUCCAGAGGCGGAUCAAUUCCCAACUCCAGAACCUCACUAUUCAGAACUAAUAUUCCUGUAACCCACCCGUUAAAACCCCUGCUUGACGCAUCGCUCGACACUAUCCUCCAAGUUUCUCCCAGAACCCUCCAAUCCUACGUGACCGCUUGGAGAUAUUUUAAAACAUUCUAUGUCUCUUAUAACAUGCCUUUCCCUGAUUUUUCUCUUCUUUCAGUCACCGCUUUUAUUUCCUACCUUAAUAGCAUUAAGGGCCUUCAAGUCGGGUCCAUCAAAGGUUACUUGAGCGGCAUCCAGUUUUUCCAUAAAUUAAUGUACGGCUCUCCUUCCCCUGAGAUAAACAACUCACAAACCUCCCUCCUGAUCAAAGGGAUUCAAAGAUCCCAGCCCACCCAUCCCGACGCUAGACAACCAAUAACACUAGACAUUCUCACCAAAUGUAUUCGCGCCCUCCGCACAGGCUACCAGCCCAUCAGUACCGCUCGCACACUCGACGCCAUGUUUAUCCUAGCCUUUUUGGUUUUCUCAGAUGCUCGGAACUCGCCAUCACUUCCAAAUUCGACCCAAAAAAUCCACCCCACCAUCUCAGACUUAUCAGUAAUAGAUGGUGAAUCAAUUUCAUAUUUGAUUAAACAAAGACCGACCAAACCAAAAAAGGUCAUUUAAUUUACAUUAUUAAUCUCUCAUCGCCAAUCCAACCAUACCAGUCAAUUCU